UAGACACACGUCUUCACAUUUUUGGACUGUCAUAAUUAUCAACCAAUGUAUUAGUCUCUAUAGGUGGGUACUGAAUCAGAUUCAUUACCCCUCCUUUCCCUUUCCUCAAAAACACCAAAAACUGAGAAAUACAAUACAAUAAUAAUAAAUAGAGAGAAGAUAAGCCCAAAACCCAUAGCAUUAUCUUAAACACCCCCACACCCACCGCCAACCCUUAAAUUUCGUAAUUUUCACUCCAUACCAUAAACACCUUUAUUAUCACUAUAAACAGUUGACUCAAAUUUACCAAAAUUCCAUUUUCAAUUAAUUUGGUGACAAAAGAUGGCGAUUUCAGACACAGUUGUAGGGAAUUUAACAACGUUGUACCUGUUGGUUAUAGCAGCAAUGAAGGCAUAUGGAUUGAUGACUGGACAGAGUUACAGUGGAGUUUUUGUGCUAAUUGUAUCGACAGCAGUGGUAGGAAGUGUAUUGAUUUUGAGUCUGACGUGGGACGUGUCACGUAAAGCUAAGUAUGCUUUGACACGUCAUCAUCAUCAUCAUCCGAGUCAGCAUAACAACAACCAGCCACGUCAUCAUUCAGAUGAGUUUUGUCGAGGUGGCAUAUGUUGGCAUGGUGUUGCUGUUAGAUCUCCAGCUUCUCAGGUUCGGUUUCGGCUUCCUCAGCACCACCCGAAUUAGUGAUUUUGUGGAAUGGUUAAAAAGUGAACUUGAGAGAUUUUUCACUGUAAGUAUGUAAAUAAGUUUUGGAAUUUUAUCUUUUUUUAAGAUGGAAUAUUGAAAAGUGGGGGAGGAUCAGUGUAAACUAGUUACCGGAAAGAGAAAUCAGCAUCGGAUUUAGGCAUGUAAAUAAAAAUGUCUGUGCUUAUUGGCGAA